GGAGGGCGGCGGCGGCGGGGCGCGGUGGAGGUCCCCGCAGGAGCAGGCGGCCAUGGAGAGCCUGGCCGGCUACGUCUACAAGGCCGCCAGCGAGGGCCGGGUGCUGACCCUGGCCGCCCUGCUGCUCAACCGCUCCGAGGGCGACGUCCGCUACCUGCUCGGCCACGUCACGCACCAGGGGGGGCAGCGGUCCACCCCCCUCAUCAUCGCCGCGCGCAACGGGCACGCCAAGGUGGUGCGCCUGCUGCUGGAGCAUUACCGGGUGCAGACGCAGCAGACCGGCACCGUCCGCUUCGAUGGUUACGUCAUUGACGGGGCCACUGCACUUUGGUGUGCAGCUGGGGCUGGCCACUUUGAAGUUGUCAAGCUCCUAGUAAGCCAUGGAGCUAAUGUUAACCACACUACUGUGACCAACUCCACUCCUCUGCGGGCUGCCUGCUUUGAUGGCAGGCUGGACAUCGUCAAGUACCUUGUGGAGAACAAUGCCAACAUCAGCAUUGCUAACAAGUAUGACAACACUUGCCUUAUGAUUGCUGCUUACAAGGGCCAUGUUGAUGUGGUGCGCUUUCUUCUGGAGCAGCAUGCCGAUCCCAAUGCCAAAGCACACUGUGGCGCUACAGCAUUGCACUUUGCAGCUGAGGCGGGUCACUUGGAGAUUGUCCGUGAGCUGGUGAAGUGGAAAUCUGCCAUGAUGGUGAAUGGCCAUGGAAUGACACCGCUGAAGGUGGCUGCAGAGAGCUGUAAAGCUGAUGUUGUGGAACUGUUGUUGGCGCAUGCUGACUGUGACCGCAAGAGCAGGAUUGAAGCUUUGGAACUUCUGGGUGCCUCAUUUGCAAAUGACCGAGAAAAUUAUGACAUAAUGAAAACCUAUCAUUAUUUAUAUUUAGCCAUGCUAGAGCGGUACAGAGAUAGCGAGAACAUUAUAGAGAAGAACAUCCUGCCUCAGAUAGAAGCGUAUGGCAACCGGACUGAGUGCCGGACUCCUCAAGAGCUAGAAUCCAUUCGUCAGGACCGAGAUGCUCUGCACAUGGAGGGCCUCAUUGUCCGCGAGCGGAUUCUGGGUUCUGAUAAUAUUGAUGUGUCACAUCCCAUUAUUUACCGUGGUGCUGUUUAUGCUGAUAACAUGCAGUUUGAACAGUGUAUUAAGCUCUGGCUCCAUGCUUUGCAUUUACGACAGAGAGGCAAUAGGAAUACCCACAAGGACCUUCUCCGAUUUGCUCAAGUUUUCUCUCAGAUGAUACAUCUGAAUGAGCCUGUGAAAGCCAAGGACAUUGAGAGAGUCUUGAGAUGUAGCGUCUUGGAGAUAGAGCAAGGGAUGACCAGGGUCAAAAGCUCUCCAGAGGCUGAGCUUCACACAGCCAUGGACAACUACGAAUGCAAUGUCUUUACGUUCUUGUACUUGGUAUGCAUCUCAACCAAAACCCAGUGUAGGGAUGAGGAACAGUCACGAAUUAAUAAACAGAUUUAUAACUUAAUCCACCUGGAUCCCAGGACACAAGAUGGGUCUAGUUUGUUGCACCAUGCUGUUAACUCUGGUACACCGGUGGAUGACUUCCACACCAACGACGUCUGCAGCUUCCCUAAUGCACUGGUCACCAAACUCCUUUUGGAUUGUGGUGCGGAUGUCAAUGCUGUGGACAACGAAGGGAAUACUCCAUUGCAUGUCAUAGUCCAGUACAACAGGCCCAUCAGUGAUUUUUUGACCUUGCAUUCUAUCAUCAUCAGCUUGGUUGAGGCUGGCGCUCACACAGAUAUGACGAACAAACAGAAAAAAACUCCUCUGGACAAAAGUACGACUGGUGUGUCUGAAAUACUCCUGAAGACUCAAAUGAAACUGAGCCUGAAGUGCCUCGCUGCUCGAGCUGUGCGGGUUUAUCAUAUCAGCUAUCGCAACCAGAUCCCUAGAACACUGGAAGAAUUUGUAGAAUUCCACUAGGUCACAUCUUGAUGGUGGUAUUUCAUACUUUCCCUCCAUGAAGGGUCAAAUAAAAUACCAGGCAGAGAUUCUGCAUUUCCUUUCCUUUUCCAUUCUUUUGGGAGUGAAUAUACACCAGUCUGCUCCUUGAUGUUUGGCUUUGAUUUCCAGAUAUAUCAGCUAGUGGCAGGAUAAAUGGUGUCCUUUUUCUCUUAGUGGAGAACAAAACAAACUCUAAAUUAGAUAAGGGUAAACUAUUUUGAUACAGUACUCUGAUGCACACGGGUUUUACCAUUGACAGCCGAGAAUGCUUUAAGCAGCUACCUGCCAAGUGUUUUGCAUUUGACGGAUUGAGCCAGUACGUACCUAUGCAGCAGUCUGGGAGGUUAUCUGGUGGGGGAGUGGGGCAGUUGGGGGGUAGAUGGAGGUGAGAAUUAUUGCUGGGAUUUUACUAAAACAUAUAAAGCAAUCCAGGGAAAUGUAUUCUUCACCAGCCUAUUUUUUAAAGCUUUUCCAUUCCCACCGAUGUCAGUAACUUUUGUUUCUAAUUCUGCUUGCAAUGAAAUGAAAAUAACUGAUUAUUUCCCACCAGACAGAAAUUCAGGCAAGAGAAUGGGCUUAUUAGUAUAUUUUUCAUUGAUUCUUAAAAAAAAAAGAAACAGAAUUCUUCCAGCCCAAUUCUUUAUGCAGAAGUAUUUUUUCAGUCGAGUGACAUGCUGUUGAUAUUUACAUGUGUAUGAGUACGUGCAAUGAUUUAGGAUAGACUUUGACCCCUCACCUAGACUUUUAUCUGAAAUGCAUUUUCCUACUAUCUUCCAACUAGCUGGCAAGCAAGGAUUUUUUCAAAAGAUGAGCUCAUAUUUUUUUAGAAAUAAUAUUUGAAAACUGUAGUAGGAAAGGAUCAGGGAAGAAUAAAUUAUGUUGGCAAUGUCCUGCCCUGAAAAUAAUUUUGUGUUUUCAGUCUAUUGAUUAUGGCUCCAUCAAGGAUUUUUUUUUCAAAAUGCCUCCCUCCCAAAUCAACCUUUUCAAAGGCCAUCUUUUAAAUUCUUUGUAGUAACUUGAUUGUGUGAAAAAUGUUUGACCUGUGGAAGCACCUCUUUGGCAGAAACAGCAGCAGCCAAGUGUAGGAUUUUUGACAGGUCUUUGGAAACACUUGCCAUUAUUUUAAAUGUCACUUUGUCAAAUGGUGGAAGAAUGUUCUCCUGUCAUUUUUAAAAAAUGGGUCAGUUCUAUUUGGGAAGGACAUUCUGGGCACAGGUGUAUGUGUUUGUACUACAAAUAAAAUCUUGAAUGUGAAAUCA